AUGGACUUCGACCUGAUAAUCAAAAAUGCUACCAUCGUAACCGCCACCGAGAUCCUACAGCCAGGACUAUGCAUCGGGAUAAAAUCCGGCAUCAUCAGCGCCGUCGCCCUCUCCCUGCCAACCACCAGCACCACACAAAUAAUCGACGCUGAAGGCGCUUACGUCACCCCUGGCGGCGUCGACUCGCAUGUUCACCUCCACCAAGACAACGCCCCAACAGGAGACAAAUGGCUCAGCGGGUCACGGGCCGCUCUGGCAGGGGGCAACACGACAAUCCUAGCGUUCGCGACGCAGAAGCGCGACGACACGUCGCUGGUGCCCGUGGUGGAGGAAUACCACCGGCGGGCGGCGGGGAAGAGUUACGUCGACUACGGAUUCCACUUGAUCCUGACGCGGCCGAGCGAGGCGAUUCUUCAAGACGAGCUGCCAAGGCUGGUCAGUGACGAGGGGAUCUCCAGUGUCAAGCUCUACAUGACGUAUCCGGCAAUGAAGUUGCAGGACGGCGAGAUGCUUGAGGUUCUGAUGCGGACCCGGCAGUUGGGCAUGACGGCGAUGAUUCACGCGGAGAACAGUGAUAUGAUUGACAUGAUAACGACGCGCCUCCUCUCCACACAGCACCACUCGCCCGACUACCACGCCGUCGCACGCCCACAACUGGCCGAGACGGAAGCGACGUACCGCGCGAUUGCACUGUCAACACUAACAGACACACCAAUUCUAAUCGUGCACAUGUCCUCGCCGGUUGCCAUCGCACACGCCCGGAAAGCGCAGUCCAAACUCCUGCUCCCCGUCCACGCCGAAACAUGCCCGCACUACCUGCACUUGCUCUCUGAGAGACUCGCGGCCACGAGCAUUUCUUUCACAAGCCCACGUGCUGAUACCAAAUUGGUAGUAGCAGGGGAGUCCAGCGCGGAUGCUGAUGCCGACGCUGACGCCAACGCCGACCUGCACGAGAGACACGUCCACCACGCCCUCGGUGACGGCUGGGCGGGGGCAUCGCACGUGUGCGCGCCGCCGCUGCGGCACUCCGAGGCAGACCUGCAGGCGGUGUGGGACGGGGUGCACAACGGCACGAUCACGGUGAUCUCGUCGGACCACGCGCCCUCGAGGUACAACUCUGCGCUGGGGAAGAGAAAGCCGGUUGCCGAGGCGCAGAAAGCCGCUGCAGCGGCUCCAGAAAAUACGUCUGGUUCUAGCGACCUACCGGCUCCGAGCUUCGCGCAGAUUCCGAACGGCCUACCGGGGAUCGAGACUCGAUUGCCGCUGUUGUUCAGCGCUGCCACCGCUACCGCCACCGCUACGUCUCUAUUUCAUUCUUCCGCACCAACCACGUAUAAUCCCUACGCAGCACCAGCACCAGCACCGUCCCCGCCCUCAAACCGCACGCUAAGCCUCCCAAAAUUCGUCGAACUGACAUCCACGAACCCAGCUCGACUAUACGGGCUCAGCGGACGGAAAGGCUCUAUCGCACCGGGCUACGACGCAGACAUCGUGAUCUGGUACCCCUCGGGACACCAGGACGGGACGACGGUUAUCGAGAACCGGAUGCUGCAUCAUGCGAUUGAUUACACGCCGUUCGAGGGGAUGAGGGUCACGAAUUGGCCGCGGUAUGUCUUGCUACGCGGCCGGCUGAAGUGGGAUCGUGAUGUAGAGCUAAAAGGCGGGAUUGGGGAGGGUUUGCUUGGUAGGCCUGGUGACGGGGUGUUUUUGAAGAGAGGGCUGGGGCAUGUUCUGGUGGGCAGAGUAGGACAAAAUCCACAGGGGAUGAGGGAGGGUGAGAGGGCGGCUUGGAUGGAUGGGAUUUAA